AUGUCCGCAGAUCCAACCGGCCCCCCCGACGACCCGGUCAAUGAUGAGUUCGACCACUUCGUCAAAUGCCAAAACCUCGCCGACAAGGACUCCAUCCAAGGAAAAACCCACGAGCAAACCUGCUACGCCGACAUCAAAAAAAGGCAAAGAACCAGCCCUCGGCACCACUGGCACUACUGCAUGCUCCCCUGCCUAAAGGGCACGAAAUGGGGCAACACAGGCAAGGGCCAAAUCUUCAACCUCCCAAACGUCAAAGCCGCAAAGGAAUACGUCAAACACCCCGUCCUCGGCAGGCGCCUGGGCUACAUGGCCGGAUUGCUCGUAAGGGGCUUGUCGAAACACAAAAACAACCCCGACGUGAGCAAGAUAAUCGGGAGGAACACCAGAGGGGACUGGCAGGACAACCCGGGCAUACACGUCGGCCGGUUCUGGGCCUGCGCGACGCUCUUCAACCACGUGCUGAAUGAGAAGAGGGUGGAGGCGCCGGGCAACGCAAGGACGGCCUUUCAGAUAAUCUUGGGGAGGUACUUGGGAAACGCAAAGGACAGAAAUACGGAGAGGCUGCUGGACGAUCCUGCAAACCACAUCGACACAGAGGAUGAGGAUGACCCCGAGGAUCCCUCCUUCAACAUGACCAUCAAUGACGACUCUGAUGAUCACUACGGCUUUCGAUCGGACGACGAUGAUGAUAACAAUGAUGAUGAUGUUGGUGCCGAGCCGGGCGUUUCUGUGGUUGGCGGUGGUGUGGAGAACGACGCGGAACCGGGCGGCAAUGUUGGUGGAGGGACAGAUGCUGGGGAAGCGGAGGAGGAAGAAGACAUCAGUCUCGAACUGACCCAGGUCGACGGUGCGGGGGACUCGCCAGGUGGCGGACCUACGUCGGCGAAGCGGCCAAGAAGGGGAAGGGACAAGUCUGGGAGGGGUCAGAAAAAGAGGAGAGGGAGCUAG